CCCUGGCUCCCUCUGCCGCCCGGACGCCGCUGAGGAGGGGUCGGGGCUGAGCCCGCUGGUUCCCGCUGAGGCUGUCCUCCUCCCUGCCGUCCUCCGCGGCCUUCCCUCGACUCCCGCUCGGCAUUAUGACCUCGGAGACGUCGCGGCAGCCGGCUCAGAUGACAACGAAAACAACUCGUAUGUCCUUACAUGAAUGCGAUGUUGAGCAGAGCAGAAAAGAAAAUGUGCGUUCUUUAACUAUAUGUGGCCAUGUUGGUUUUGAGAGUUUGCCUGAUCAGCUGGUCAAUAGAUCCAUUCAGCAAGGCUUCUGUUUUAACAUUCUCUGUGUAGGCGAGACAGGAAUUGGAAAAUCAACAUUGAUUGAUACAUUGUUUAAUACAAAUUUUGAAGACCAUGAAUCCUCACAUUUUUAUCCUCAUGUUAGACUUAAGGCUCAUACAUAUGAACUCCAGGAAAGUGAUGUUCGAUUGAAACUGACAGUUGUGAAUACAGUGGGAUUUGGUGACCAGAUAAACAAAGAAGAAAGCUACCAGCCAAUAGUUAACUACAUUGAUGCUCAGUUUGAAGCCUAUCUCCAAGAAGAAUUGAGAAUUAAGCGUUCACUCUUUAACUACCAUGAUUCUCGUAUCCAUGUAUGCCUCUACUUCAUUUCACCUACAGGCCACUCUCUGAAGACACUUGAUCUCUUAACCAUGAAGAGCCUUGAUAGCAGGGUGAACAUUAUACCAGUAAUUGCCAAAGCAGAUGCAAUUUCUAAAAUCGAAUUACAGAAAUUUAAGAUCAAGCUCAUGAGUGAAUUGGUCAACAAUGGAGUUCAAAUAUAUCAGUUUCCAACGGAUGAUGAAACUAUUGCUAAUAUCAAUGCUUCAAUGAAUGGACACUUGCCAUUUGCUGUUAUUGGAAGUAUGGAUGAGAUACAAAUUGGAAAUAAGAUGGUCAAAGCCCGCCAGUACCCUUGGGGUAUUGUGCAAGUGGAAAAUGAAAACCAUUGUGAUUUUGUAAAACUUCGUGAAAUGCUCAUCUGCACAAACAUGGAGGAUCUUCGAGAACAGACCCACACAAAGCAUUAUGAAUUGUAUAGGCGUUGCAGACUGGAGGAAAUGGGCUUUCUAGACAUGUCCCCAGGGAGUAAGCCAGUCAGUCUUCAAGAAACUUAUGAAGCCAAAAAAAAUCAAUUAUAUGGUGAACGCCAGAGGAAGGAAGAAGAAAUGAAACAAAUGUUUAUUCAGCGAGUAAAGGAGAAAGAAGCCAUCUUAAAACAAAGUGAAAGAGAGCUGCAAACCAAAUUUGAGCACCUUAAAAGGCUUCACUUAGAAGAGAGAAUGAAGCUUGAUGAAAUGAAAAGACUUUUAGAAGAGGAAAUAGUUGCUUUCUCCAAAAAGAAAGCUACCUCAGAGAUAUACAGUCAAACCUAUUUGCCAUCAAACAGCAGUUUGAGAAAGGACAAGGAUCGUAAGAAGGGACCAGGCCAUCGAUUCGAACUCCUGUGCUGUGAUGUAACUUCUGAAACCAGUGGUGGACGUAAAGAUUCAGAGGAAACUCCAACUUUGUGUAAAACAAAGGUUCCAGAUCACAGAAGUUCAUCAAAAGCAACAUUUAUUAAUAUUAUACUUACUUUUGAUUUCUUGCUGUUUUUAUUUGCUGUAUCACUAUUCUGUAUCUGGCAAAGGCCACAGUUAAUGCUAUUUAUAGCAAAAUACUGUAAGUAUGAGGUCAAUACAUAAAACAAAAUGUAUGAUGAUCAUUUAUAAAAUAUGUGUUAAAAGUUGCAAUUUUUUUAGAAGAUUGUAAAUUCCCGAUUUGUUUUGAAUCUGGAUUAUUACACUUGUUCUAUAGUUAUUACUU